AAAGAAACCUGUAAUAACCAUGUGGCCACCUAUCGAAGCGGGCCUCAACUAUUGAAUAAAACGUGCCAAUUCCGAAUCAAAAUUUAAGUGAUAAGAAAGAAAAGGUCACGAAGACGUGUUAUCGCCUAGAUUUGUAUCAAAUCGAUCAUCCGAUUAUGUUUCCUGGCCCUUUACGAAGAUGUAAACGAGUUUUGCCUGUGAUCCUCUUUUUUGUGUCCAUUGUGAUAAUAAUUGUCUAUAGAUUAAGCGUGAAAAAGAGCGAAAUACAUCCAAAACACAUCUACAGGGCCAACAAUCAGGAAGAAUAUGUUGAUAAAAAUGGUGUUAAGGUAGUUGUGGGUCAUUAUAUAGGAAAUCCCGUUCAUGCGAUCCCCAAUGCGACCCACGACAUGAUUAAUGAAAAUAAUUACGACCCUAGACCAGGGGCCGGAAAAAACGGCAAUCCGGUUGUAAUCGAACCGAAAGACUUAUUAAAAAUGCAGCAAUACUUCCAAAUAAAUCGGUUCAACCUUUUGGCUAGUGACAGAAUCCCUCUGAAUCGGUCUUUACCCGAUUUUCGUCGAAAAAAAUGCGCAACGUUAUUUGGCGACUAUCCGACUUAUCCAAAAACCAGUAUUAUUAUAGUUUUCCACAACGAGGCCUGGUCCACUCUGCUGCGGACCGUCUGGAGUGUGAUAAACCGAAGUCCGCCCGAACUUUUGGAGGAAAUUAUCCUAGUGGACGAUUCAAGCGAACGAAAAUUUCUCAAAAAACCUCUGGACGACUACGUGGCCAAUCUUCCCGUUCCGACGAAAGUCCUCCGUAGCCAGGCCCGGAUCGGUUUGAUCAAAGCAAGACUGAAGGGGGCCCUCGUGGCUAAAGGCCCCGUUUUAACCUUUCUGGACGCCCACUGCGAGUGCACCACCGGUUGGUUAGAAGCCCUCUUAUCUGUGAUAAAACAGGACAGGACUGCGGUCGUCUGCCCCGUCAUCGACAUAAUAAACGACGACACGUUCGCCUACGUCAAAAGCUUCGAACUGCACUGGGGGGCCUUCAACUGGAACUUGCAGUUCCGGUGGUUCACCCUCGGCGGGCGCGAACUCAAACUACGAAAAAACGACGCCACUCAGCCCUUCAACACCCCCACGAUGGCAGGGGGGCUGUUUGCCAUCGACCGGGAGUACUUUUUCGAAAUGGGGGCGUACGACGACGGGAUGAACAUCUGGGGCGGGGAGAAUCUGGAAAUGUCGUUCAGGAUCUGGCAAUGUGGGGGCAAGGUCCAGAUCGCCCCCUGUUCAAGGGUGGGGCACUUGUUUCGGAAAUCGUCGCCUUACUCCUUUCCAGGGGGGAUUAACAAGACGCUUUUCUCGAACCUGGCACGAGUAGCAAGGGUUUGGAUGGACGAUUGGGCGAGAUUUUAUUUCAAGUUCAACGAACCUGCAGACAGGAUUAAAAACGAGCAAAAUGUGACUUCGCGAAUUGAAUUAAGGAGGAAACAUAAGUGUAAAGGUUUUGAAUGGUAUUUGGAUAAUGUUUGGCCGCAACAUUUCUUCCCAAAGGAUGAUAGGUUUUUCGGCCGGAUUCGAAAUUUGGGCCAGAAUAUGUGUCUGAUUAAACCACAAAAGAAAGUGGUCUCGAACCAACCAAUGGGCAUUGCUAAGAUCGAUAUGUGUCUUGGUGAUGAGGUUAUUUUGGAAAUGUUUGUUAUGACCAAAGAAGGUUUUAUCAUGACUGACGACUCGAUUUGUUUGGACGCACCCGAAAAAGUUGUGAUAGGGCCGUCCAAGGUCCGAAUUAUGGCCUGUAGUGGGUACAGCAGGCAAAAAUGGGUCUACGACAAGGAGAAGCAGGAAAUCCGCCAUUUGACCAACCAAAAGUGCCUGGACGUGUCUGACUCCUCGAAAUUCACUGACGGUUUAAUAACGACCAACUGCACUGGUAGUCUGACCCAAAAAUGGGCUUUGGAGAGUGUCCCUUGGAAGUAACGAAAAAUGCUCUCUGGAGAUAAUUUUGUACUUAAUUCGAUCGAGUGUUCCUUGUCAAUAAUUUUGUAUUUAACGAUUUGAAAUAAACGAUUUUAUAAAA